GGACCGCGGAGGCCCGGAAACCGCGCGGCGCCGGCCCUUGGCCCUUGGCAGUGAUUUUCUAUUGUGAUUGUUACAUCAUGGAAAAUCAAGUCGCUAAAUCAACUGAAGAACGAACAUUUCAGUACCAGGAUACUCUUCCAUCACUGCCUGUUCCCACACUUGAAGAAUCAUUGAAGAAAUACCUUGACUCAGUAAAACCAUUUGCAAAUGAAGAAGAAUAUAGGAAAACUGAAGAAAUAGUUAAAAAUUUUCAAAAUGGGAUUGGAGAAAAAUUACAGCAGAAAUUACUUCAAAGGGCAAAAGAAAAAAGAAAUUGGCUGGAAGAGUGGUGGCUGAAUGUUGCUUACCUGGAUGUUCGCAUACCAUCACAACUGAAUGUCAACUUUGCUGGUCCUGCGGCCCACAACGAACAUUACUGGCCUCCCAAAAAGGGCACUAAUUUAGAAAGAGGAAGUAUAAACCUUUGGCAUAACUUGAACUAUUGGCAACUAUUAAGAAAAGAAAAACUGCCUGUUCAUAAAGUUGGAAAUACUCCUCUAGAUAUGAAUCAAUUCCGAAUGCUGUUUUCUACCUGCAAGGUCCCAGGAAUUACUAGAGAUUCCAUUGUUAAUUAUUUUAAUACUGAGAGCGAAGGGUGUUCCCCAAGCCACAUUGCAGUGCUGUGUCGAGGCCGAGUUUUUGCCUUUGAUGUAAUACAUGAAGGAUGUUUGAUCACCCCACCAGAGAUUCUCAGGCACUUGACGUACAUUCAAAAGAAGUGCCAUAGUGAACCCAACGGACCUGGGGUAGCAGCUUUAACCAGUGAAGAGCGUACUCGUUGGGCUAAGGCACGUGAAUAUCUAAUUGGUCUUACUCCAGAAAAUUUGACUAUAUUAGAAAAAAUCCAGAGCAGUAUAUUGGUUUAUUGCAUGAAUGAUGGCAGUCCACAUGUAACACCAGAAGAUUAUUCUCAGAUAAGUUCAAUGAUCCUUGCUGGAGAUCCAACAGUACUGUGGGGUGACAAAUCCUAUAACUUGGUUUCCUUUUCUAAUGGAUUAUUUGGCUGUCAUGCUGAUCAUUCUCCUUAUGAUGCCAUGGUUCUGGUAAACAUCAACAAUUAUGUUGAUGUAAAGAUUUUUGAGAAUGAAGGGAAAUGGAAGGGUUCAGAGAAAGUCCGGGAUGUGCCACUUCCUCAGGAGCUUGUUUUCACGGUGGACGAGAAAAUAUUAAAUGACAUAGAACAAGCAAAGGCCCAAUUUUUUAAGCAGGCAUCUGAUCUCGAUAUUGUGGUUUCUGCCUUUACAUCUUUUGGUAAAAAGCUAACAAAGAAGAAGAAGCUCCACCCUGACACAUUUGUUCAGCUUGCACUUCAGUUGGCCUAUUACAGACUUAUUGGACGCCCAGGUUGCUGUUAUGAAACAGCUGCGACAAGAUUUUUUUACCACGGUCGUACUGAAACUGUGCGAUCCUGUACGGUAGAAGCAGUCAAGUGGUGCCAGUCCAUGCAAGAUCCUUCUGCUCAACUUCUUGAGCGGCGGGAAAAGAUGCUGCAAGCUUUCACAAAGCAUAAUAAAAUGAUGAAAGAUUGUUCGACGGGGAAAGGAUUUGACCGCCAUCUUUUGGGUCUCUUACUCAUAGCAAAAGAGGCAGGGCUCCCUGAUCCAGAGCUCUAUACAGACCCGCUCUUCUCCAGAAGUGGAGGAGGUGGAAAUUUUGUUCUCUCAACAAGUCUCCUUGGUUAUUUCCGAGUCCAAGGAGUGGCGGUUCCCAUGGUGCACAAUGGCUUUGGAUUUUUCUACCACAUCAGAGAUGACAGGUUCGUGGUGUCCUGUACAGCCUGGAAAUCGUGUGCAGAGACUGAUGCACAAAAGCUAGUCCAACUGGUUUUUCAUGCCUUCCAUGAUAUGAUUCAGCUGAUGAACACAGCUCAACUGUAGAAGUAGUCGUUUGUUAUCCCCAAUCAAACCCAUUUCUGUUGAGUUGAUUCCACCCCAUAUAGUCUCGCAGAGUAAAGCUGCCCCUUAGGAUUUCCAAGGUUGCAAUCUUUACUGAAGCAGAUGCCACAUCAUUCUCACCAACCUUUCUACUAGCAGCCAAGCACUUAAUCACUGUGCCCUCAGGGCUCCUCAAUCAUUUAUUAAGCAUUUAUUGAUCGAUGUCAUUGAACAGGCUGCGGGGAAUGAAUGGUGACAGGAGAUGG